UAAUAAAUAAAUAAAUCAGUGAGUGAUAUUUUAAUUUUUAUGCUAAGAGGAGGAGGAUGACAGUAUGAGACUAAGUAAAAAAAAAAAAAAAUAUAAAAAAACAACUAACAAGAGAGGCAAAAGAGAGGAGAGAGAAGAGAGAGAGAAAAGGUAAGGUUGGGUUUGACACGUAUGUACAAACAAAAAUAAAAAAAUAGAGAAACUUUUGUUGACUUUUGUUAAUUGCUAUUGUUAAAAGAAGCCUCAUUAUCAUCUAAAUAAUAAAUAUGGCAAGAUAUUUUAAAGAAGAUGAAAUUGAUGAAUUUCGUGAAUGUUUUUAUCUUUUUGCAAGAAGUGGACAAAUAAAAACCCUGGAUGAAUUGACAAUUACAAUGAGAUCUUUGGGAAUGAGUCCAACAAUUUCAGAGCUCAACAAGUACUUUAAAGAACAAAAUGGAAAAAUGACAUUUGCUGAUUUUUUGGAUGUCAUGCAUGUACAUACAAAAGUUGAAAAUUUACCAAAAGAGGUAAUUGAUGCAUUUCGUGCUGGUGAUAAUUCAAGAUGUGGUACCAUACCAGCAAGACGUUUAGCACAUUUAAUGCUCAAUUGGGGUGAACGUCUCAGUAAUAAAGAAGUCGAACAAAUAUUCAGAGAAGCAAAUGUUUCACUCAAUGGCAAUGUUAAUUAUGAAGAUUUUAUUAAAAUUGCAUGUGCACCAGUUCCUGAUUACUACUAAAAGCAAAAAUUUAUAUUUAUCAAUUUUUUAAUCAAAUAAUUUUAUAUUAAAAAAAAAAAAAAACUUUAAUAUAUUUUAGCACAAAAAAACAAUUAUCUAAAUUUGAAUAAUAAAUUUAUCUUUAAUUUAAAGAAGAGAAGCUUUAUA